AUGUCAAAUGCCUCCGCCGAAGUUGCUGCAGACUUCAGGGACGCGUUGCAAGAUCUGAAAAUCAAUAGCAGGCCCGAGAUCAGCAACCUAACCAUCAUCGCCAAAGAGAAUACAGAGCACGCACAAGCCAUAUCACACGAAUUGGAGAAUCACAUUCGAACAACUCGGCCGGAAUGGAAACUCCCUGCGCUCUAUGUGCUCGAUUCUAUCGUCAAGAAUGUAGGGACGCCGUACACUGUGUUUCUUGGCCGCAACCUUUAUCGUACCUUCAUGGAUGCAUACAUGGUCAUGGAUCCGGCCAACCGAAGAGCGAUGGAUGGCCUCUUGAAGACCUGGAAACAGCCUGUACCUGAAUCUAUGGAUACGAACCCUGUCUUCUCCCCGGAAGUCACUCGCGAUAUCGAGAACGCCCUUAUCAAGAUUCGCACUGUGACUGUUCAGCAGCAAGCAAUGGCUCAAAGAACACCCCAUGGUCUACCUCCUCGGCCAGCUUCCAACCCUAUGGCCAGUGGUGCGUGGAGGAACACUCCAACUCCUCCCCAGGGCGGGCCCCGGCAUGCAGCUCCGAAUGAUCCUCGAGUCAGACACAACUUCCCAACACCCAACAAUUAUGGGCAGCUGCCAGUUGCUACGCCCCCUUCUCAAGUUCCAACACCGCAGCCGCCAGUCACAUCGAUUGAUCUCGAGAGCCUGAAGGCUGACUUGGCGAAACUGAUUGCAAGCACGAGGGGUGCAUGGGAAGCAACACCAACUGACCUUGCAUUAGCACAAAAGUUGAAAGCUCUUAUGGAUUUGCAGACGGUUUUAAAUACUCAGACCAUUCCCCCUCAGCAACUUCAGGCCAUACGGACUCAAAUCCAGGCACUUUCCCCGCCGCCUCCACCAGUGCAAACUUAUGUUCCCCCUAUUGCAACGACUCCUCAACCAUUUAUACCUUCGCCGCAGCAGGCGGCGCCACCCUCACUCCCUCCAGCAAGCGGCGGGUUUAACCUUGCACAAUUGCUGGCCCAAGCUCGACCACCAGUUGCUCAGACACCCACUCCAACCCAGCCCACCUUGUCUCUCGCGGAUCUCCUGCGCCGUGUAUCAUCACCGGGGCAGAUGUCCUCCACCCCAGUAGCUGCCGCACCCUUUCCGCCUCCGCCGCAUUUUCCACCCGUGCCUCAACCUGUCGCCACUCCCACACCAGCUCCUGCUCCUACUCUAACUCCCACAACUAACCUUGCACAAUUGCUCGCGCAAAUGACCAAAUCUGGAUCGGCGCCGCCUCCUCAGGUACCUCAACUGCCUCAGUUGCCCACGCAGCCACCAGCUGGAAGCUCUGCUCCGGGGGCAACGGACUGGCUAUUGAAUGCUCUCAAAGGAGUACCUCAGAUGGCCACAACAGGCGUUCUGCCACAAUCAACGCCGACCGCAUCAACACCCAUGACACGGCAAGCUUCCGGCAUGACAGCCGUACCAAACUCAGUCGAGUUGACCACGGCGUCGAUGAAGCAACCACGAUUCCACUUGAUAGCCAGACUGUAUGGCGCAAAGCCCAACAUAUGCGCCACUUGUGGGCGCCGCUUUGAGAACAGCGCUGAGGGAAAGGAAAAGAAGGCGCGUCACAUGGACUGGCACUUCCGGGUAAAGGAUCCUGAUGCGACUAAGCGCGGUAUUCACCGUAGCUGGUAUAUCAGCGAGAAGGAAUGGAUCGAAUAUCGUGAAGUCGACGAGAGCGCACCCGAUACCGCAAACUCGGCCAAAGCGGCUGCAGUUACUUUGAAGAAAGACCCGAAAGAGCAGUAUGUGCAUGUGCCCGCUGACGCCGCUCGUGAUGCGCCCUGUCCCAUUUGCCUGGAGAAGUUUGACUCCAAUCUCAAGUGGCACACGGAUGCGAAUGAUUUUGUAUGGAUGGAUGCAGUCAAUGUCAACGGCAAGGUCUAUCAUGCAACUUGCUGGGAUGAGUACAGUAAGGGUGCUGGUAUACCUGCGCCGAGCACCCCAGAUCCGGUGUUGGGGAAGCGCAAAGCCGAUAUUGGGACGCCAGUCUCAGGCAAGAAAGUCCGCGCCUAUUAA